AUGUUUUCGGUAAAUGCAGCAUCGGUGCCUCAUAACACAGGGGACAUGAAGCCUUGCGGACGUAAUCCACAAGGAUCUUCUACUCCAAUGACCGUUCCAACGGCGGGAUCUUCCACUACUCCCUCCACUACACUCUCCUCAACAUCUGCAACUCCACCCCCAACAUAAGUCUGAGUGAAUUCAAUGCGACAUCCUGUACAACCCAUAAUAAAUUGUACUUAGAUUGUCGUGUCAACUAUAUUUUAUUACAAUAAAAAAUUGAUCCCUAUAUCAUCAAUCAUAUAAAUAAUACAAUAAAUGUAAAAAAAAAAA